AUGGUAGAACUAGAGCACAUACCGGUGCUUCACCCAACGGCAGCAGAGAUGGAGGACCCUAUCGGAUUUCUCUCGCAAACUCACGUUCGUCGACUGGGCCAUGUCUAUGGCAUGGUCAAGCUUGUGCCGCCCUCAGAUUUUAGGCCACCGCUUUCUAUUAACGAAGACCAGUUCAAGUUUCGGGUGCGACUACAGUACCUAAACGAGCUCAAUAUCCUUAAUCGAGGCAGGCUGUUUCUCAUGAAGCAGCUCAACAACUUUUAUAUGAGAGGCAGUCGUCGAACAGAGAAACAUCUGAGGAAGCCAUACACGGAUGUUGGCGACAAAAGGUUAUUUUACUAUGACCUUUUUAUCACUAUAGCGAAGUAUUUUAAUCCGAGCAAAAGCUUGGCUCCCGAGCGAAACAUGGGACGCAAACGUCCGAGGUUCAGCGCGGCUGAUCUCGAGAGCCAGACCGCUGCCAAGUCCGGCUCUGCACUCAAGCUGGCUCCUCUAAGCGAGAUUGAGAACAAUCAAACCUUAUGGAAGCACGUAGCCAAAGAGCUUAGUGUGCCUCAAGUCUCUGCAAAAGACGCAUUUUUUAGUAUCUUAGCGCCUUACUAUGAGUUUUUGCAAAAAAGAACAAGAGAACACGACGGGAGCGGGGCCUUGCUUUCCAAGCUCAUCUACGCUGAGAAGUUUCCAAAUUCUCUUUUGAACGACAUGAAUCAUGGCGAAGAAGGAGAACCAGCGGAUGGGGAUGAUGAGGAAGAAGAAGAAGAAGAAGAAGAAGAAGAAGAAGGGUGUACUUUGUGUCAACGCACAAACAAGCGUACUAAAACCAUUUUGUGCGAUUCUUGUGACAAACCUUUCCACAUAUUUUGCCUAGAUCCGCCACUCAAGGAGGUUCCAAAAGGCAAGUGGGUUUGCAACAACUGCAUUUUUGGAAACGGAUAUUACGGUUUCAAAGAGGAGGACAAGUUCUAUUCCAGGACCGCUUUCCAGAAGAUGUGUCGUGAAUACGACGCUGAAAGGUGGCCUCACGGCGAUAAGCUCAACAACCUGGAGCACCUUGAAAAGAUGUUUUGGGACAAAGUCGAACAGAUCGACAAAUCAAGUCCUAUUAGGUAUGGAGCAGAUAUACACAACGUUGGCCCUGGAGAAAUGACAGGCUUUCCAACGGCUCAAUAUAUCCCUUCUGCUAUGAAAGACGACAACAUUGCACAUAAACAGUACCUUGAGUAUGUCAGACACCCCAUGAACCUUGUUAAUCUCCCAAGCGCAAAGGGUUCACUUUUAUCUGUCUUUGGAAAAAAGAUCUCAGGUAUGACCGUUCCUUGGAUCUACAUCGGCUCGACAUUCUCAACUUUCUGCUGGCACUUGGAAGACCAAUACACUCUCAGUGCGAACUAUCAACACGAGGGAGAUCCCAAGAUUUGGUACAGCAUUCCGGAAAGUUCUUGCGAGAGGUUUGACAAACUAAUGAGAGACACGGCGCCGGACCUUUUCCAGAAGCAGCCAGACUUGCUUCACCAGCUGGUGACGUUAAUUGCGCCUUAUGACAAACGCUUUCAGGAAGCCAAAAUAAGCUGCUUCAAAGCUAUUCAAUACCCUGGGGAAUACAUAAUCACAUUCCCUAAAUGCUACCACUCUGGUUUUAACAGUGGCUACAACUUUAACGAGGCUGUCAAUUUCACGCUUGACUUGUGGCUGCCCUAUGGUAUUGAAGCCACCCGCGAUUACGUUGGCAGCGGGAAACGCUGUGUGUUCGACAUGUGGGAACUGAUGCUCACAGUAUUGGUAGAAUACCUAAAUGAUUCCAAGAAAUUCGACGAGUCGCUUAUCCGCAGUUGUCACACAGAAUUAGAGGCAAUGUUUAACCAGGAAGUUAAAAGCAUAGAUCAGCUUUCCAAGAUUCUGAAUAACCGUGUAGAAGCAACCGGCAUCACACGGCGGCGCAUAAGCGACAAGACCCAGGUGGAUGUCAAAGUCACUGUGCGACACGACUAUCGGGAGCCAGACUUUGAAGACGACGAACACACAAGCGCUAGUGACAACGAAUUUGGAAGCGAUGACGAUGGAGACGAUGACAUCUUCUGUGCAGCAUGUAAGACUAUUUGCCCGUUUUUCUUUGUCGCACACUUCGAGAAGUCCCGUGUUUCGAAGAGAAGGCGCUUACAAUCUAUGGGGCCUGCAGAGUGGAACCAGAUGUCUGAACGUGGAGAGAUCAAAAUAUUCUGUCUUCGGGACUAUAUCAAGCUUCUAGAGCUUGAAAGCGAGGGUGAUCAGAGCGAUUGUUCAGAUGACGAAAACAAUCUCAAGAAGUUUCAACGUGAUGAACUUUUCUUAAUAAGGAAGCCAGGUGAAAUAAGAGAUGUACUUAAGGAAGUACAACAUAAAUUAGACGGAAUGCUCAGGUGA